CAUUUUCCAUUUAAAACACGAGCGAGAACACAUAGACACGAGCUAGUUGUAACAAAAUCUUUUUUGGAAGAUAUUUCACUAAUGACCUAAGGAGGUCAGUAGCCUAAUUCACGUAAAAUCAAACAGUUGAAGUUUUAUAGUCGCUCGAUCAUAGUUCGAUCGAAGUCCUAUCCGAAAUCGGUAUUCACAUAUUCUAUAAUCGGGGUUGGAUAGGACGACAAUUAAACUGACUCGAAACUAAACGACAACUAAACGAUUCAUCAACGUUUCAUUGCCAGUUAAACAAUUAUGUUUUCUACCAGAAUAUUAAAAUACAGAUUUAAGUUUAAAAAAAUCUGAUUUACGUCAUAACAAUUAAAUAAAUGGAAUUAAAAACAAUAUUAAUAAACAUUUAAUGUAAAUUGUUGAGUAAAAUAUAAUUUCACCACUAAACCACGGUUUAAAAAGGAAAGUCUAUAAUUUGUCUCUGCAUUACUUGUCAAAUAACUGUCUAUCACCGUCACCGGCAAAGUUUGAAAAAUUUAAAAUAUAAUUAAAAUGAAGCAAGUUUCUGUAAGACAGCUAGAACUCUUGGUAGAUUUUAUGGAGAAACAUAGAAUGUUGGCACUGGGACGGGUCCGAGGCAAAGAAGGGCAUAUUUUGUCCACUAAAUUGUGGACCGAGCUAGCGGCAAUAUUAAACAGCGAAACAGCAGACCCUUCCAUGUACAGGUCAGCGAAAGAAUGGAAUAAAUUUUAUAACGACUAUAAAUGUCGAAUAAAAAAUAAAUCUCGUAAAAUCGGACAAAGCCAACGGAAGACAGGUGGUGGACCUUCAGAAGCUCAGCCGUUAUCGGAACUGGAAGAAAGACUUUGUUCCAUAUUGGGGAACAAAUUUGUCGGCCUUCCAGUCCGACAAAAUCCCAUACCCACCUCAGAAACUGAGGAUAUAAUUAUUCCAUUAGAUCACACAAAUAUUACAGGAGAUUCUCAAAUUAAUUUUGAAGUGGAGACUUUAGAAAUUAUGGACAGUGAGACUCCAUUAAGAGUUGAGAAUGAGAAUACUACAAUUGAUGACAUCCAGCCAUCAACUUCUUCAAGUUUUAAUGUGCCUGUAGACAAAGCUAAAACUGAAACAUUAAAUAGUAAUAGGAGUUUCCACAAUAAUAUAAAAAAGGGUAAAAGCCAGAGAAUAUCUAGGAGGGACCCUAAAGAUACAGAAGUAGAAAAGGCGAAAACUGUUUUAGCCGAUUUAGAAAAAGCUCGACUAGAAUUAAACAAGUCACAAAUACAGGUCCAGCUCGAGCGCAAUGAAAUCGAAAAGAACAAGGUUAACGCCAUAAAUAAUUUGGCCAGUGCAGCUUGGGCCUUAGUUAAUAUUUUCAAGGGUGGCCAAGAGGGAAAUAAAAGAAAAUGUGAUGACACACAAGAAACGAGUGAAUACAAACGGGCUCGAUCUCAGAGCAGUGAUGACGAUGACCAUAGUUUUGUAUUUUAAAACAAAAUGACA